GGCAAGGCGGCGAAGCUCUCUGUCAGGCUAGGAUAAACCCAAUCAAACCUGGAUGCUAGCACACCUCCAGCAUGGCUCACUCCCUUCCGUCAGCUGCCCAGUCGCCUUGCCAGGAGCCGGCCCCCACGCGGGGGCUACUAGCGGGCAGCUGCCGUAGCGGGCGUGGAUGUGGAAGCAUGCCGUGCCGAUCCCCCCCAACCAGAAGCCUCUGAGAUGGCCGAGCGCGGAGCGUCUGCCUGGAGGGAGCUACGCAUCAGGCUUUCCCGGGCAAGCGGCAGCCUGCAGUCCGCCCAAGCCUCUGCCUCCACCACCUCCUCCUCCACCUCCUCCGCCUGGGCUGCUGCUGCUGCUGCUGCCACCUCAGACUCACACUCAGCCUCCACUGCUGCUGCUGCUGCUGCUGCCUCUGCCUGAAAGCACAGCCCAGCCAGCCUUCCUCAUCUGCGAGUUUCCGUGUAUAGAGCUGACGAUGUUCCGCAAGAAGAAAAAGAAGAGACCGGAAAUAUCAGCGCCAAAGAACUUUGAGCACCGGGUCCACACGUCGUUCGAUGCCAAGCGUGGUUGCUUCGUGGGCCUGCCAACCCAAUGGCAGAGCAUCAUAGAGAACCUGCGCAGGCCCCGGCCCAUGGUGGACCCAUCCAGGAUAACGCCGGUGGAGCUCAAACCAAAGAAGACCAUAGUGCGUGGGAGUUUCAUUGGCCAUGGGGACUACAUCUCCGCCAUGCUGUCCGACAUGAGCCGCCUGUCGGUCAGCAGUUCCAACUCCCUGCGCAAGAGCAGCCCGUCGGCACGCAAGCGGGCGCAGUCGCUGGGCCGCCUGGGCGAGGAGCGCGAGGGCGAGCCCUACCAGUACGAGGACCUGGCGCUUGCUGACCCACACGGCGGCGAGUGCGCGGACAGCGGACAGGGGCGCUGGCGGGAACGCGAGCGGGCGCGGAUCGUGCACAGCGAGAGUGGCACGCCACACAUGGGCAUGAAGAAGAGCGUGACGCUGCAGCCCAAUGGAAUGCUGCCCCGCGCCAAGUCCACGCACGAGGUCAGCAUCACGUCACUGGAGGCCAUCGGGCCCCCGCCAUUCCCACCUCCGCUGCCCCCUCCGCCCAUCCCUGUGCCCUACCCUCCACCCAUGUACCUUUGUGGCGGCGGAGGCGGUGGCGAGAUGGGCAGCCCCACCGAGCGCCUGAUGGCACGGAGGGAUGUGGCACCACCGCCAUCCCGGCCACUGCCACCCCCAGGCCAGAGGCCCAUGUCGUGCUUCUACACCCCUGCCGGACAUGUCCAGCCACCGCCACCACCACUGCCACCACCAAUGGGGGAGCCUGGUGGACAUCCCCCUGAACGAUUCCUCAUCCACUCACAGAACAGCCCUGGGAGGCCGUACUCGUCCUACGACCUGAAGGCCGACGCUGUCUUUAGGCACCAGCCUGGUCUCUUCGCCAGCUGCACCAACAGCCCUAUGAUGAGCAGCGGCGCCCGUCCACCUCACCGGACCGUGCGCUCCUCGUCCAGCUACACCAUCGGCCUGUCACCCAACAUCAGCCUGCGGCCCGGCGGGCCCGAGCCCUACCUGCGCCACUCGGCCAGCACCAACCCAGGCUUCUACCCGCGGCAGGACAGUCCGUCCCAGCCUCGGCCCUCGCCCACGGGCUCGCUGGCCACCAGUCCGCCAGGCACCUGCUCGCCCGCCUUCCGGCCGCCCCAGCACCCGUCGCCACGGCCACCGCCUGACCCGCCCAAGGUGACCCACGAGCAGUUCAAGGCGGCACUGCAGAUGGUGGUGGACAAGGGCGACCCACGCUCCUACCUGGACAACUUUGUGAAGAUUGGCGAGGGCUCGACAGGGGUGGUGUGCAUCGCGUGUGAGAAGCACAGCGGCCGACAGGUGGCCGUCAAGAUGAUGGACCUGCGCAGGCAGCAGCGAAGGGAGCUGCUGUUUAAUGAGGUGGUGAUCAUGAGGGACUACCAGCACAAGAACGUGGUGGAGAUGUUCAAGAGCGCUCUGGUCGAGGAGGAGCUUUGGGUCAUCAUGGAGUACCUGCAGGGUGGAGCUCUGACCAACAUUGUCUCCGAGACCAGGCUGAGUGAGGAGCAGAUAGCCACAGUGUGCGAGGCGGUGCUGCAAGCCCUGGCCUAUCUGCACUCACAGGGCGUCAUCCACAGAGACAUCAAGAGUGACUCCAUCCUCCUCACACUGGACGGCAGGGUUAAGCUGUCAGACUUUGGGUUCUGUGCCCAGAUCAGUAAAGAUAUCCCUAAGAGGAAGUCUCUAGUGGGGACGCCCUACUGGAUGGCACCUGAGGUGAUCUCUAAAUCACCCUAUGGCACUGAGGUGGAUGUUUGGUCUCUGGGCAUCAUGGUGGUGGAGAUGGUGGACGGUGAGCCUCCAUACUUCAGCGAGACACCGGUGGCAGCCAUGAAGAGGCUACGGGAUGAGCCGGCUCCCACCGUACGCAACAUCAAUCAGAUCUCACCAGUUCUGAGGGACUUCCUGGACCGCAUGCUGACGCGGGACCCACUGGACCGGGCCACGGCCACGGACCUUCUGGAGCACCCAUUCCUGCUGAAGAGCAGCUCGCCGCAGUGCCUGGUCCCCCUGGUGGAGCAGUACCGCAAGCGCAUGUCCCGAUGCUGAGGCUGGAACACCCUCUUACACUACCCUCACAAUGUGCUGCUGGAGUCCUGUCAGACCCCCCUGCCUGCCUGCCACACACACACACACACACACACACACACACACUGCUCACCAGCCAGGCAUCCUCUGACAUGCCAAGUCAUCACGUCCGGCUCCACUGGCGAGUUUGUGCCCAUGUGGGAAUUCUAGGAUGGCAUCUUGCAGGGGGAGAGAAAAUGGUUCCCUGCAUGGUUCCGUGAAUGGGUCCCUCCUGGUUGGUUGAAGUACGGAGUAACCACAUCAGAGUUAUCCAAUGCAAUGACACGAGAGAAGGAAAGCACUUUAUGCGUCUGUGGGCUACGCUUCAGAGACAGUAAUUUUCCCUUGUAAUUGUGACAAGCGUAAGACCGAGGAGAACUUGAUUCCCAGACUGGUUCCUCACCAAGUGAACCUCUGUGGUGGUGGAAGGUCCCCCCUGGAAAUUCCUGAACUACUGAUCGGUCCAAACUUGUUUUGUUUUUUUAAAAGGGUUCUCUCUUUUCAAAUGCUCUACUGAGCCCCCAUUGUUCUUCAGUUGAUCAUGCUUUUUAGGCUGUUUUUUAUUUUAUUUCCAACUGCAAACUUUUUAAAGUGACUCUCGCUCUGCUCUGCCGUGGGUCAUGAAGAGCAGCGCUUUCCUUGUGUUCCUCUGAACACUGUGCGCUCGAUUGGGACUUCCUCUGCAUAUGAUAUGCAUGAUUAAAUCAGGGGCACAUUUAGCUUGAAUCUGAAUGCGCAUAAAAGCUUCCCAUGUUUUAAGAAAAAAAUGAUUAUGCUUUGUUGUCACCAACCAUAAUGGUGUUUUCAGCUGUGGUGACAGACUUUUUCAAAUGAGAUUACUGAGUUGAUAUUAUUGUUAGAAUUAUUCCCUAAAAGUGGUCCCUAUACUUUUCCAAAACAAGAUGUUUGUAAUAUGUGAUAUUUUAAAUAUGGCACUUUGAUCUCUCAGUGAUUUAAUUUUGAAAUUGUGACUCAAAAUCCUAGCUGAAGGUCAAGUGAUGUAUAUUUCAAAAUCAAUAUAAACCUGUAUGUGUCUGCAAGAUGGCUGUAGUCAAAUUAUGAGAUAACAAAAACCCAAUUUAUUAUCACUAUCACUAUUAUGUUAUUUUAAUUUAGUUUAAUUGGAAAGUGUGAGUGUUUACGUUGGGGAUGCAUUUUGUUAAUGUUGUUAGGUGAGCAUCCUAUCAGUGGUACUGUGAUAGCUUUUUUCCCAGGAUGUGUGUAUUGCUACUGGAACAACGACAAAAAAUACAUUGUGAGACUGUUUUCUGCAUUUGGUUUGCAUCUAGACAAAGCACACGGGCUUGGUACAUGAUUCUAAAGGACCUCACCAGCUGAGAUCACAGUGUUCAUCAUCUUGGUAUUCUUUUCAGAAUACAUUUCAUGGUUGUAUUUGUAUGUAGGUCAUUCAUGAAGAGAAAAGCAUUAUUUUAAUUUUGUAAAAAUGAAUAAAUUAUGCAUAUUGAAUAUUCAACAAGGGCUAUUUGGUAAGUAACUUAAU